UCAGCUCAACGAUCUGAGAGCGCGUGCGCUGGGAGGCGUGUGCGCGCGUGUAUGUAAACUAACGUUAGCGGCCUUUUCCACUUGGUGACCGACGUUUGUGUUUUUAUCAAGAAAAAAUCACACUAUACAUAUUGUAAACGUAAACAGCAGCAGCCCUGCCCCGACGCGCCCCAACCCCAAGCGGAGCCGUCAUGUGGCAAGAGGCCCGCAAACAUGAGCGCAAACUGCGCGGGAUGAUGGUGGACUACAAGCGGCGUGGGGAGAGACGCAGAGAGUACUAUGAGAAAAUCAAAAAGGAUCCAGCCCAGUUCCUGCAGGUUCAUGGCCGGGCAUACAAAAUCCACCUGGAUUCAGCUGUAGCCCUGGCAGCUGAGAGUCCCCUCAACAUGAUGCCUUGGCAAGGAGAUACCAGCAACAUGAUUGAUAGGUUUGAUGUCAGGGCACACCUGGACUACAUCCCAACCUAUACACCACCUCUUGUCAACACUACUACCCCAGAGCAGGAAUCAGAAGAGAGGAAGUGCAAUUAUGAGCGCUAUAGAGGUCUGGUGCAGAAUGACUUUGCGAACAUCUCUGAAGAGCAGUGUUUGUACCAGAUCUAUGUGGAUGAACUCUACGGUGGCCUACAGAAACCAAAUGAGGAUGAAAAGAAAAAACUCGCUGAGAAGAAAGCUCAGAUUGGUUAUACAUAUGAAGAUAGCACAGUGACCGAACCAGAUGAACAGAUGGAGAAGGGAAAUGAGGAUGACUCAGAAAACAGCGAGUCUGAGGAAGACGAAGUCAUCCCUGACAUAGAUGUUGAGGUGGAUGUAGAUGAACUGAAUCCAGAGCAGGUGACGGAGAUUAACAAGAUGGCCACCACUUACGGCAUGGCAGAAGGGGACUUUGUAUGGAUGUUGAGGAAGGACAAGGAAGAAGUGGAGGCCAUUAAACAUGCAAAAGCACUGGAGGCAGAGAAGGCCAUGUACUCUGGCCGGCGGUCUCGCAGACAGAGAAGAGAGUUUAGAGAGAAGUAUAUGAAAGGCAGGCAGAUCAGCCCACCCAGUUAUGCCAGAAGAGACAGUCCUACGUACGACCCCUACAAACGGCCAGAGUCAGACUCGAGUUCAGAGUCACGCUCUCGUUCUCGAACCCCAGGCAAUGAUAAGAUCACUUUCAUCACCAGCUUUGGGGGCAGUGAUGAUGAGGGAGCGUCAGCUGCUCAAGCCCCACCUGCAGCGGCGUCAAGCCACACCUCCUCCAACACCGCAGGUCAUAGCAGGGGCUCCCGCCGAAGACGGUCUUCCUCCAGUCACUCAUCCUUUUCCUCCCGCUCCUCUUCGCAUCGGUCCUCACGCUCAUCCUCACGUUCCCGCCGGAGUCGUCGUUCUCGUGGGGGCAGGGACCGGGACAGCCGUUACUCCAGGUCUCGAUCUCACUCUCGCCGGCGGUCUGACUCCCGUUCACGACAACGCAGUGGAGGAGUUGGUUCGAGGAGACGAUACGACAGGACUAGGUCUCGCUCCACAGAUCGGGGUAGAGACAGAAACCGUGAAAGAGACAGAGACCGGGACAGGGGGAGACGGUACACAGGCCGCAGACGAACCAGGUCUCGCUCGCGUUCUCAUUCAGGUGAUCGUUAUCGGCGUCGGAGUCGCAGCUCAGCAUACAGGAGGGGCGGGAGCGUCAGUCAAAGCCCCUCCCACUCACCUGCUGCGAGCCGAAGCCUUUCCCCCUCUUCCCAUUCUGCUCCACCUGCAUCUGCUUCUGCAGACAAACUGAGAAAGCCUGAAACUCCGGGUGGUAAAGAGACUGGAGCUGCCAAAUCAUUGUGUCCAUUGCAGCCCAAGAUGACGCCACAAGAGAAGCUCAAACUCCGUAUGCAGAAGGCUCUAAACAAGCAAUCCAAGGCGGAUAAGAAGGCAGCACAAGCAAAGAUCCAGCAACAAGAGCACAAGCGACAGGAGCGAGAAGGAGUUCUUCGUGCAAUGGCACGGAAAAUACGCAUGAAGGAGCGAGAACGGCGGGAAAAAGAGAGAGAUGAAUGGGAGCGACAGUAUGGACGUCAGAGUCACUCGCCCUCCCCCAAUGCCAAAUACGGUCGGGACUACAGCUCAUCCAGAAGGAGAUCACGCUCAAGAUCACGAUCACGGAGUCCUCAUUACCGGUACUGAAGAAUCGGCUGAUAACAGCUGAAUCAAGCCACAAGACGUUAAACAGAUGUUUUAGGAGUGAAUGGCGACCAUGACGGCAAGAGUUUACACAGAAGUUUGGGAAAAAAUGUCAAUAAAAUGAAUUUCACUCACUUCAGCUUCUCUUUUACAUCUUCUAAAGGAUGCAAUGGAAACAAAUCGUGUCUAAAAUGUGAAAAUUAACACCAUCAUGCUCUGAAAACACAUUUCACCUCCCAUUCUUGAUAUUACACAGCAGGGUUGCCAGGAAUGCUUUGAGCUGCUAGGAUUCUAAUAAGCUUUGCAGAUUAUUUGGAGUCAAUCUGUGUUGAAUUUUGUGAAAUAAGAUUGAGAUGAACCUUAUGCUCUUCCUUUUGUCUCAUACCCCCAUUAAAGAGAGAGUUCACCUAAAAACAAAAUGUUAAUUCUGUCUUUUACUCACCCUCAUGUUGAACAAACAACUAACUUUCAGGAAACACCUAAUUCUGCCUAAUGUCUGCUUUUGUGUUUUAUGGAAGAAAAAAGAGAUGAGUGAGGGUGAUUAAAAGGCUUGUUUUGUUUUUUGCGGGGUAUCCGACUCUUUAAAUGGUGAAUCUACCCAUUUUACCUCAUAAUUGUAUAUACAGUCCCUUCAUGUAAGAGUGAUGAAAUUUCUUUCACAGAAAAUGCUGAUUUUAAAUGCCAUGACCUUUUUCACUCGACAAUGUAAAUGUCUGGUGGUUCUUUCUUGUAUUAGGAUCACAGAUUUUGACAUUGAAAUAAAAAGCUAAUCAUGAAUGAACAA